AUGCUGGCCGCGAAGACUUGUUCGAACCGCAGCCCGAUGGAGCACCUGUGGUGCGGCUACCGCUGGUCGCUGAGCCGGCGGCCGCUCCUGACCAAGUCCCUGACCUCGAUGGUGGGAUUCGUGGCCGGAGACAUGGUGGCCCAGUUGUCCGCGGGCGCCCGGCUUCGGCUUGCCGGUGCCAGGAAGUACGACGUGGGGCGCACGUUUCGGAUGGCGGUGUUCGGGGGAGCCAUUGCAGGGCCACUGUCCCACGUCUGGUUCCAGGCCCUGGACAAGACUGUCCUCCCAGACAUCCCGAAGCACCCCAUCGCUGUCGUCAUAAAGUCUGCUGCUGAUCAGCUCUUCAUGGCUCCCCUGGGGACGGUCCUCUUUUACACAUCCCUGAGGUCGAUGGAGUCCCAAGCGCACAUGGCGAUGGCAACAAUCAAAGCAAAGCUGGUGCCCACCCUGAAGAUCAACUACAAGUUUUGGCCCUUGGCACACAUCAUCAACUUUGCGAUGGUCCCUCCUCCGCUUCGCAUUCUUUAUGUCAAUUGCAUGUCAAUACUGUGGGCCGUGGUUUUGUCUCGCAUUGCCGCCACGACAUAG